CAGCACAUAACUAUUGUUGCCUUGCCAACCCACUCCAAAUUAGAAAACCAACUGAAUACGUUAUCCUCCACAGAUAAAGGCGCAUCUACGAUCUAUCUGUAAAAAAAAAAAAAUAGUAAAAAAAGAAACUAAUCAGAAGUAUUUAAAUUCAUUUCCUUACGAAGAAGAACGUAACACAAAAAUAAAUAAUAAAAAAAAAAAACUAAAACAAAUGGGGACCCGUCAUAAUAACUUUGCCCUCGUCCUCCGUCUAAUCGCCGCCGUGCUCAGCCUCUCCGCCACCGCUUCCGCCAUCGGGGUAAACUACGGCACCCUCGGAAACAACCUGCCGACACCCGCCACGGUGGCCAAAUUCCUGAAGACGAAGACGAUCAUCGAGAGCGUGAAGCUCUUCAACGCCGACCCGGACAUCCUCCGCGCUUUCGCCGGCUCCGGUCUUAAAGUCACGGUCACGAUUCCCAACGGCUUGAUCCCGUCUCUGACGAAGGACGAUAAGGCCCGUGGGUGGAUCAAUGACCAUAUUGCCCCUUUCUAUCCCAAGACCAAGAUCAACCGGGUCCUCGUUGGGAACGAGAUUAUGGCCACGCUCGACGAUAAUUUGAUUUCCAAUCUCGUCCCCGCCAUGAAAGCUGUUCAACGAGCUCUGGUCAAGGCCGGGAUUGAUGACGUUCAGGUAACAACAGCACACGCAAUGGGGAUUCUCAAAGUAUCGGAGCCGCCAAGCGCCGGCCAGUUCUGGCCAGGCCACGACGUCGCAGUCUACGCGCCGAUGCUCCAAUUCCUCCGCGAGACCGACGCUCCGUUCAUGGUGAACCCUUACUCCUACUUCGGCUACUCCCCGAAAAUGGCCAACUACUCCCUCUUCCUUCCCAACCCGGGAAUCCCCGACCCGGCCACCGGAAUCACCUACACCGACAUGUUCGACGCCACGCUCGACGCCACCUACUCCGCCAUGAAGAGGCUCAACUUCACCGACGUCAGCCUCCUCGUCGGCGAGACCGGCUGGCCCACCCUCUGCCUCCCCGGCCAGCUGGAGUGCACCGUCGAUAACGCCGCCUGCUACAACUCCCACCUCGUCGCUCGCGACAUUAACGGGACCGGCACGCCGUUAGUGCCCGACAAGCCCAUCGGGAUUUUCCUGUUCGCGCUGUUUAACGAGAACCAAAAGCCCGGCCCAAUUACUGAGCAGCAUUGGGGCCUGUUUAAGCCCGAUAUGACUCCCGUUUAUGACUGCGGCGUCGUGCGCCCCGGAGAGGAGAUCGUCGCCAGCCCCGAAUCUUCCCCGAGCUCAUCACCGAAAGAGGAUCAACAGGCGAACGGGAAUUCCAGCGAUGAACAGGAGAAGGAGGAUUCUACCGAUGAACAGGGGAAAGAGAAUUCUAGCACGGGAAGCGAAUCUGAAACCUCUACGUCGAAUGCCGCUGGACUUUACCCGUAUUCACAAUUUGUCAUUGAUUUCGUGUCAGUAAUGCUAGUCAUGUUAGGGAUUUUAGGAUUUGACCCAUAAAAUGGUGUGUGGCCAAGGCCGGAUUGGUGGGCUGGAUUCCACUUGUGAUUUGGGCCCAACAUUGUUAUGGCCCACGCUACUUUUGCGAUGAACUCUUACUAUCGGGACAAUUGGUGGGCUGGAUUCCACUUGUAAUUUGUCUGGCGGCGUCACCACUGUCGAUCCAAGUAAAUUUUCUCAUUCUCCCAUCCUACUUUUUUGUUUCUUCCUUCUAACUACCCCAAUUUAUGAACUGAUUUAAUUAUCUCCUGGUAUUGAUACUUAGGAAAAGAAAAUUAGCGUAAUUUUUCUUUUUUCUUCUGGUCCUGGGUUCUUUCAGGUCAUGCGCCAAUUGUGAAGUCCCGUGAGGAAAGAUGGAUGAGGAUAUGGAAACGUGAAGCAAAACUGAUGAAGAAGCUGCUUAGGAGCUCUGACUGAUUUGGGGAAAGAGGAAUAGCUAGUGCAAAAAUGGUUGUUACUAACUUACUAUGAUAUAUUGUUUUUAUGGAGAGGGGGGGGGAGGGGGAAUUAUGCGAAGGCCGGUCUUUGAGAUAAGAUGAUUCGUAUUCCAUAAUUGAAAAGUGAAUUUUUAGAUCUCGAUUUACUUUAAACUUAGUUGCUUGAUUAAUUAGAUGAUAACGAACAAUAUUUUUCAAGUCAUUAAAUUGCAAAAUAAAACCGAUUGAUCAAUUAUUCAGCAUGAAGAAAAUAUCGUCUUUACACCCUAUAAAAUCAAGGUUGUUUAAUAGCAAUAUCUAUUUUAUUUCUUUUUCUGAGAGCAAAUAAUUGCAUGAAACGUUUUUCAGAUUCUUGUUACCAAAAUUCACUAGCUCCUGUUCGAUCGGAAAGAUGCACCAGUUCCCCGUUCGUGAUGUGGUUGACACCUUCCACAGCGGCCACGACAUAGAUUAAUGCCCAAUAGCAACCGCACUAGACCUGAUGGCUAAUACCAUGGUAGAAGCACUAAAAUGAAUUUGUGAUUUGAAU